AUGGCUGCCCUCCGCCUGCUCCGCCCGCUCUCCGUCGGCUUGACCGCGUCCGCUCUUCUCGCCACCCCGCUCCUUUACCGUCCGUCCUCCUUCCGCGUCUACUGCGACGGCGCCACCGGCCAGUCCGCCGUUUCCUCGCGCGACUGGUCCUUCGAUCAAUAUUCGCGCGAAGCACGCACCCCAAUUGUGCGAAAAGGCCGCGCCAAUCCCCGCAUUUGGCGCCAGAUCAGCUCAGGGAGCAUAAUAGGCGUAAUCGGUGGGCUGGCAGUCAGCACCUUCUCCAAACCAUUGGCACUGCUCAUUGGACUUCUUGUCUUGGGAAACCAGUUCCUCGAAUCCCGCGGCAUCCACAUCAUUCCGUACGGCAGGAUUCAGAAGUAUGCCAAGGGCAUUGAUGUUCGAUCUGCACUGCAAGAUAACAUUGCUUUCAAGCUUUCUUUUGGCACAACUUUCAUGCUAGCCGCGUUCGCCGAGUUUUAA